AUGUCCAGAGCUUUAAUUGACUUUCUAGGACAAAUUAAGCCCCGUCUUGUUGGAGGAGACGGCGCCUGCUCAGGACGUGUGGAGAUAAAACAUGGAAACACGUGGACCACAGUCUGUGAUGCACAUUUUGAUCUCAAAGUUGCCAACGUUAUCUGUAAUGAACUACAGUGUGGAAUAGCUGUAUCUAUCCCAGGAGGACGUCAUUUCGGAGAAGGACAAGGGAUGAUCUUGACUGAAGAAUUCCAGUGUGUGGGGAAUGAGUCUCUCCUGUUCUCCUGUCCCAGGAUAUCAGAAGUGAAUCAGACAUGCUCACACACAAAUGAUGCUGAUGUCAUAUGCUCACGUUUCCGUCUGGUGAACGGCAGCACAGUGUGCUCAGGGAGGGUGGAGAUCAAGGUUGGUGAUGCCUGGGGAACUGUCUGUGACUCACACUGGGAUCUAUCAGAUGCCAACGUUCUCUGUCAUCAGCUCAACUGUGGGUUCGCUGAAUCGGCUCCAGGAGGAGCGUAUUUUGGAAAAGGAACUGACUCUGUCUGGACAGACACAUAUCACUGUAAAGGGACUGAACCCCAUUUGGCUCAUUGCCCUGUUACUGCCCUGGGGGCCUCUCAGUGCUCACACGACAAUGAUACCAGUGUGAUUUGCUCAGGUCGCUCUGAAUCACUCAGACUGCUGAAUGGAGAGAGCCAGUGUGACAGGAGAGUUGAGAUUUCCCUCCGUGGUGUGUGGGACAGAGUGCUGGAUGAUGAGUGGGACAUGAACGAUGCCAAUGUGGUGUGUAGGCAGCUCCAGUGCGGAGUCGCUGAGAAAGCUUAUAACCCCCCUAAGUCUGAGCAAGGAAUGGGCCCUGUGGGGCUGAGAAGGGUCCAGUGUGUAAGAAAUGAGACUCAUCUGACUCUCUGUGACAACUCCACAUCUGAGACAUUCCAGGCAGGAAUUGCUGCGGAUGUUGGUGUCAUUUGCUCAGGGAGCAGGCAGAUCAGAUUGGUGAAUGGGACAGGUCACUGUGCCAGGACAGUGGAGAUUUAUUACAAUGGCAGCUGGGGGACAGUUUGUGAUGAUUUCUGGGACUUACCAGACUCCAAUGUCAUCUGCAAACAACUGGGAUGUGGACAUGCCAUCAGUGCAACUGUCUCUGCUCAUCAUGGGGAAGGAUCCGGGCAGAUCUGGCUGGAUGAUGUGAACUGCUCUGGGAAUGAAUCCGAUCUCUGGGGAUGUCCUUCCAGGGGUUGGAGCCAGCACAACUGCAGACACAAAGAAGACGCCGGAGUUCUCUGCUCAGAAUUCACAGAUCUGAGGCUAGUGAGCGACAGUGACUGUGCUGGGCGGCUGGAGGUUUUCUACAAUGGGACGUGGGGCAGUGUUUGCUCCAAUCAGAUGUCUGGAGUCACCCCAGCAAUUGUCUGCAAACAGCUGAACUGUGGGGAUGGAGGGCAGAUUGAAAGAGACUUUGAAUAUGGAGCAGGUUCUGGUUCCACGUGGCUGGACCACGUUGCAUGCAGUGAGCAGCACGGCUCCCUCUGGAAGUGCCCAUCAGAUCCCUGGGAUCCAAAGUCAUGUGAUAACCAAGCAGAAGAGACCCAUAUUUCUUGCGCUGGAAAAAAAAGCAAAACCAACUCAGACCCCAUUUACCGAGUGUCCAAACUCUCCAAGCUGCACAGACCAGGAGAAGUUACGUGUCAUGAGAGGAGGACAGAUGCUCGGGCAGAGUGGAGAUGCUAA